AUGGAAGAAAUACCAGUAGUCAGAGAAUAUGAGGACGUGUUUAAGGCAUUAGAGGGAUUGCUGCCGUCUAGGAGUAACCCCUUUAGUAUAACCUUAGAACCCGGAUCCGCUGCAAUAGCAAAGGCACCAUACCGAAUUGUCCCUAGAGUUGGAGAAGUAGCCUAUAGACUAGAACUUCCACCCGAUAUGCCUAUGCAUCCGGUAUUUCAUGUAUCGAUGCUAUGUAAGCAUAUACCAGAUCCAAAUAUGGUUGAGCCGCAGCGACCAGAGAACUUGAAACCUAACCUCACCUAUCCUGAAGGUCCUUUGCGGAUAGGCGAGCGUCGUAUCAAGAAAUUGAAGAAUAGGGAAAUUUCGCAAGUUCAAGUAUUUUGGGGAAAGCAACAGAGAGUUGUUAUAACAUGGGAGGAUGAAGAUAAGUUCCGAGCUGAUUACCCAGAACUCUUCUCAGAUACCCCAGUCGUCCAGUAA